AUACUAUCCACCUUCUACCACAACCUUUAACGCACCAUCUACUACUAUCUAUCUAUCUAUCUAUCUAUCUAUCCUCCACACCCAAUACCUCGAUCAUUCUCAAUACAGUCCCACCAAUCACCCACUCAUACACCCACCCAUCCAUCCAUCCCUCCAACCCAAUCCAUCCAAACCUUCCCCGCACGAACCACCACUGCAUACCAAAGUCACACACAAAUAAAAAAUGGGCAACAUCUGCUCCAAAUCCUCCAACCAACCGGACGCCUUCUCCUCCCCCGGUCGUGUCCUCGGCUCAGCCCCGAACCCGCCAGCACAAGAUUCCUCUUCCGCCCCGCGUGCCCCGCUCCCCUCCAACGCCAAACCCGCCUCGAACUGGGGGUCUGGACCCUCUGGACGGACGUUAGGGUCGCCUGCUGCUGGGGAAGGUAAUGGGGAUGCGACUGCGGAUGCGAGAACGAAAGCUGCGUUGGCGGCGCAGAAACGAGCCGAGUCCGCAUCUGCAGCUGGGAGUAAAGGAAAGCUAGGCACCAAGUUAGCGGCGCAGAAGGCGCAGACGCAGAAUCAGACGUUGAAUGAGGCUAGUCGGGAUGAGGUGGCUGCUAGGGACGCCGAUGGGGCGGCGGAGGCGAGGAGGUGGCAGUAGUCUCACUACUACUAUGUAUCUGUAUGUGCCAGGGUGGGGGUUUGUGGUUUUGGUUGCGUGGAGUUGAUAUAUUUAUGGAUGUGAGUGAGCGGUUUAGCGAGAUAUAUUACUGCCUUUUUCGGUUUGUUAAGACUUGUGUUUUAUUGUUGAUACCAGAGCAGCUUAGCUUAUC